GUCAUUUAGAACAUCAAAGCGACAGUUUUCCAAUCCUCAUUUACAUAUUUUUAAGUGUUUUGCAACGAUUUCGAGAAUAAUUUAGCUAUGGAUAGUCUUCUAGAGUCUAGUAGAGUGUAUUUAAAUAGUUGUCUUGCGUGGUCAUGUUAUCUUUACUCGGGCCGAUAUAAUUCUCUAUGUUUUUCAUAGCAUACAGAAAAUUAAUUUUUAAUUUAUAAUUAUAAUUUUUUUACGUAAUAACUCGGUAUUAUGUGUUCUGUGGUAAUAAAUUUCCGUGAAGAUUUGGCAUGACGAACAAUCCCGACGCUGUCACCAACUGCAAACAAAACUCGCGUCUGUAGCUGGCAUUGCGGUCGUUGACAACAUCUGUCAGAAGAGACAGGGCUGUCAGGUUUCAAAAAUAUUCAGCAUUCAGCAUUACUUUCAAUUUUUGCUUAUUGUCCGGCUUUUGUGAAAAUAUAUUAAAAAAGCUGUAAUAGAGUACUCAAAACGAUGUUUAGAAAUCAAUACGACAGUGACGUGACAGUCUGGAGCCCCCAGGGACGAUUGCACCAAGUUGAGUAUGCUAUGGAAGCUGUUAACCUGGGGUCGGCCACAGUAGGCCUGAAAUGCAAAGACUACGCGGCAGUCAUUGCCUUGAAAAGGGCCUCGUCGGAGUUGAGCGCCUACCAGAAGAAAAUCAUACCUAUUGACGAUCAUAUAGGUAUUGCUAUUUCAGGACUUACAGCUGAUGCCAGAAUCCUGAGUCGCUACAUGAGAAAUGAGUGCUUGAACUACAAGUACUCGUUAGAUACUCAUAUGCCUCUAAAUAGACUUAUCAGCAUGUUGGGUAACAAGAUGCAGUUGUGCACUCAACGUUAUGACCGUAGGCCCUUUGGUGUGGGGCUUCUAGUAGCAGGCUAUGAUGAGAAUGGAGCUCAUAUAUACCAAACUUGCCCAUCAGCAAAUUUUUAUGACUGCAAAGCCAUGUCCAUAGGUGCUAGAAGUCAAAGUGCUAGAACUUACUUAGAGAAGCAUUUGGAUGAGCUAGGUCCCUGUUCUUUAGAAGAGCUUAUUAAGCAUGGUCUGCGAGCCCUGAGAGACACACUACCUCCAGAAGUAGACCUCAACACCAAGAACGUAUCCAUUGGCUAUGUAGGAAAGGAUAUAAAAUUCAAGAUUUUGGAGGAGGGUGAGACCGCACCAUAUUUAGCAUUGAUUGAAGGAGAGGAACGUAGAGGUGGUGGAGCAGCUGCUGCUGAAAUUGAGGCACAGCCUGCUGAUCCUUUGAGAGGAGACCGACCAGAGGGGGACGACCCACAAGAUCCUGUCCCAACAGUGGCUAUGGAUACUACAGAAUAAGGAAUGCAGGAAUUGGAGGCAGGGGAUUGCAUCUUUGGAAUCAUCCUUGGAGCUUUGGGAUAUUGCUAUUGGCUGUGGCUGUCUUGGGAUGUCAAAAUGUCGGUAUUUUGAGACAGCCACAGCAAAAAUUGAUAUCUUAUGAUUUAUUCUAAUAUGUUUUUUAUUCUUGCUUAUUAAAUGAGUUCUCAUGGUA